CAUCAGUUUGACAAUUGGCACACACACAACAAAUAAAUAAAAUAGUCGUAAAUACACUUCUUGGUAAAACCAAAAUUUUCUUCAAUACGAAAAUCGGUACAAAUCCACGCCUACUAAUUGCUAACAUAUGGAAUUAUUAAGGAGACAUCUAUAGCAAUAGAGUAAAGUUGAUCAAAAGUACAAGUGAUAACAAAAAUUGAAUUUGUUAGUAGGGUUUGCAGGGCUAGUUGCCUGCGUGGAGCAACAAAAAUAGAGCCAAACAAAAAAGUGAACUAAUAUAGAAAGUUCAUUAUUUGUAAUCGCUAACGACGCACCAUAAAAAAUAAGUGAUGAGUAAUAACAGCGGCAGCGGUCGCAACGGCAAUGGACGACGACAGGUCGAUUGGAAUCGUUUCGGUUUAGAUGAUGAUGGGCCUGGAGACGUAGUAGCAGCUAAUUUUCGUCAACGCGGUAAUUCCGGUGGCUUUGUUGAUUUGGGUAAUGAAUACACAUACGCGGCUGGUGGGCAUCAAGCGUCUGGACGCAAUGAGAUAUUCGCCGAUGAACAGGGCGAUAAACCAUGGUGGCGUUCGAAUUUCUUUAUCUCACAACCAGUGCUAUUCGGCACUUGGGAUGGCGUAUUCACCUCUUGCCUUAUAAACGUAUUCGGUGUGAUUGUAUUCUUGCGUUCUGGGUGGAUUGUAGCCCAAGCGGGCAUAGUAAAUGCAGUGCUAAUUAUUGUUUGCACUGUAGUCAUAGCGUUAGUUUCCGUGCUCUCCGCAGUGGGCAUAUGUGAGCGCUGUCGUGUGGAAAGCGGUGGCGUAUAUUUUCUUAUAGCACAUACGCUGGGCUCACGUUUUGGCGGUUCACUUGGUUUGCUCUACUGUUUUGGACAGGCGGUGGGCUGCGCGUUAAAUGUUAUGGGUUUCGGCGAGAGUAUGGCCGGGCUUGUUGGUUUGGAGGACAACAAAUGGGCGAUACGUGGUUUCGCUACAGCUGCAGUGCUAUUGCUGGGCUGCAUUAAUGUGGCUGGCGUGAAAUGGGUUAUAAAGCUGCAAUUCAUUUUGCUGAUGAUUUUACUGAUAUCAGCAUUGGACUUUAUGGUUGGCAGCUUCGUUGGCUUCGAUCCAGAAAAUGGUUUUCUAGGCUGGGGUAGCAGUAAUUUCUGGGACAAUUUAAUGCCGAAGUAUGAAGACGGUUACUCAUGGUUCCGCGUGUUCGGUGUAUUCUUUCCAACUAUAACAGGUGUGCUUUCCGGUAUUAACAUGAGCGGUGACUUGCGUGCACCCUCGACAGACAUACCAAAUGGCACAUUGGCGGCAUUUGGUACAUCCACCUUCCUAUACUUGGUGUUCGUUCUAUUUCUGGGUGCUACUUGCACACAUACCACCUUGCUCAACGAUUAUAUGAUAUCUGUAAAAGUGUCCGCAGUGCCAUUACUGCUACUCGCUGGCAUAUAUGUGUCCAGUAUGUCUUCGUGCUUGGGCGCUAUGUAUGGCACACCGCGUGUAUUGCAGAGUAUAGCGAAUGAGAGCGUCAUACCUGGUAUCGAUGUGCUGGCCAAGGGUCGCGGUCCCAACAAGGUGCCGCUUUAUGCUAUGGGCGUUGUUGCUGUGGUUACGGUCUCAUUCAUUAUAGUUGGUGAUAUUAACUUCCUUGCGCCCAUCGUUACGAUGCCCUUCUUAUUGACAUACGCUUGCAUUGAUUACUCCUACUUUGCUUUGGCGCAAACGUUCGACAUACAAGAACAACGCGAAGAACGUUUUCGCAUACAGGCGUCCAGUCCAUCGUACGAGACGCGUCGUUAUGGCACUGCGCAAUCACCUGGUGGUGAUAGUAACGAUUUGGAUUUACUAUUCCCCGAUCGUGUGCGUCAUAAAAACCUGCAACAAACACCACAAAAUUCACCACAUCAUGUGCCUUCAAAUGUCGCCUCAACUGCGGCCGCUGCAGCUGCAGCUGCUAUGGCGACGGCUAAUCAAGAGACUGAACGCAAUCAUAUCCAACUGCAGCAAUAUGGUAGCGACGCCAAUGGCGUGGCUUACAGUGAUGCUUACAACAGCACAAACGCGCAGGAAGCAGGCGCGACGGAACAGCAGGCGGAUGAUGAGGAGCCCAUUGCUCCCAUACGCUUGCCCAUACAUUCCAAGACGAAGAACUGGUACUCGCCUUUCUGCAAUCGUUGGGCGUCACUGCUGGGGACUUUUAUGAAACUGCUUGUCAUGCUGUUGGUCAACUGGUAUUAUGCGCUCACAUGCUUUGUUGUUGUGUUCUUUGUGUGGUUCUAUGUGGGCACUGCUAAUCCUGCUGUGAAACCAGGCUUAACGGCGGAAUUCAAUUUCUUCGCGUGGCUAAAAAGCGUCAUAUUCAGAUGUUUUGGCAAACGCAUACACCAGUAUGAACAGGUUGUGGUGACGCCUAGCUGUCCAACACUGGAUUUCUCGCACACCCAACUAAAUGAGGAUAAUGCCGAUUUCUCGCAACGCAGUCGCUAUCAUCACUCCGCGGUGGUGGAGGGACAUCUCAUCGAUGACGUAUGAAUAACGUAAUAAGGCAGUGGCGCGCGUACAAUAAUAAUUUCGUAAAACAAAAAC